AUGAAUAGGGACCGGAAUGGCUCGGAGGACCUAAUGGAGCGCCGAGGGAAACUCAUCGCUGAGAUCCUCAAGGGCAUGCGGCAGCUCGUCGAGCUCUCGACGCAAAAGGUCGACCGGACCGCCACUAUCGGACAGAUGGAGUACAACAGCAUGGCCAUAGACAUCCAGAUGAACGGCCUGAUCAAAUCAGUCGAGGACCUGCUCGGCCUGACGCGCCAGUUACGCGAGAUGUGGAUCGCCGGCCCUCUCAAGACGUUCGGCGAGGGCGAGGACGAGGCCGAGCGGCUCAUGCGCGCGGACGCGGCCGACGUGUUCGCCAUGCGGAACCAGCUGCGCAUCGCCGCCCGCCAGCGCACCGCUCUUGCCUCCGGCGGCAGCAUCACUUACAUGUCGGCCCCCGUCGACGGCCCUCCGCCGCGCCUGCCCCCCCAGCCUACUAUUGCAACUGCUGCUACCAAGGCUGCCCCGGCUCCUUAG